AUGGCUGGAUCUGCUCUCCUGGCAGCUCUUUUUAUAUCCUGCACUCUUCUCACAGGUGCUGUUGAAGCUGAUGCGCGACAGAAUGGACAUUAUGCAGAAAUCUCACAAGAGGCAGAAAGUUACAUGCCGAUACUCUGCUCGCCGUUGCCGCCCCCCUCGUCCCCAUCCUCCUCAGUUGACACAGUCACACCAGCAGAGAUUACAGCUGUUCACACACUGGGAGCACCACUUUCACUCAGGACUGAAACAUCCAGAGUUGUCAGUAGAUUAGCCGAGCUGGUGUCCAUGUUUAACCCGGAUGUGGUGGUUGGAUCUCAGACCUCAUCGCAGCCAAGGAGUUUACAGGAGGAAGCUCAAGCCUUGUCUCGCUCCCUUUCACACCGAGAGACAGACUGGAAGCUUGUGCUGAUCAUCAUCCCUGCAGAUCUGACAUGCAUCUGUUCACCACAUGUUGUUGCCGAUGUCAAUAUUGUGGUGCAAGAAGUGGAAGCGGCUCUUCAGAUUUUACAUGACCAGCUGCAUCGCACUUUCGUUCACAUGGUUGUCUGGGGUGGACAUCAUGAGCAAGACAAGUGUGAAUGCAAGAGAGAUGACAAAAUAAAUCUGGGUCUAUAUAAGGCAGCUUUCCUGAAAACCCUGCAGGACUCUCUCAGUAAAGUGGCGGAAGAUCCAAAGUGGCACGGCAGAACCGAAGACUUCACCGUUCUGCUGCAGUCCGCUCCGGUUAUCACCGAGCCCAACUCAGAUCCAGAGGACUCGCUGUCUGAUCUGAACCGGGCAGCUGUUCAGCUGUGGACAAACCUGCUCCAGCCGUCAGCGGGCCAGGUUAAGGCCGUGGACGGCAGAGUCGUCACUUUCCCAUGUCCUACCCAGGAGCGACCUUUCCUGAGGACACAGAGAAAUUCUCCCAGUGAAAAGGAAAUAGAUCCUGAGGCCGAAACCUCGGACCACGCGUUGGGAAUAGUGAUACCUUGCACGGAGCGGAAUCCGUCUGCUGCUACACCCACUUCAGUUCAUAAGCUCAGACCUGCAGACAUCAAGGUGGUGGCAGCAGUAGGAGACUCUCUGACAGCAGCCAAUGGUGUGGGUGCAAACCCAGACAACCUCCUGCAGGUGAUUACUCAGUACAGAGGGCUGUCAUGGAGCAUUGGUGGCGAUGAAAACAUUACCACAGUGACCACCCUGCCAAACAUCCUGAGGGAGUUCAACCCCUCUCUGACUGGAUUCUCAGAGGGAACGGGUGGCCAUACCGAGCCUAAAUCCUUCCUCAAUCAGGCUGUUCCGGGAGCAAAGAGUGGUGACAUGGUGGAACAGGUGCGCGCUCUGGUGGAUAUAAUGAAGACCGAUUCGCGCAUCGAUUUCAACAAUGACUGGAAAGUCAUCACCAUGUUUAUCGGGGGCAAUGACAUUUGUGAUUUCUGUAUGGACUCGGUUAACCUCUCACCUUACAAUGUGGUCAAUAACAUCCGCCAAGCUCUGGACAUUCUCCACAGUGAGGUGCCUCGUGCUAUUGUCAACCUGGUGGAGCUCUUAAACAUUGUCCCUCUGCGUGGGCUGCACCUGGACAGCAGUCUGGAAUGUCCCACCUGGCUUGUGGGUUUGAUUUGCCCCUGCAUCGUGAAGCCAAAGGAGGGGUCCGCUGAACUGGAGAAGGUCCACGAGUUCAACAGAGCUUAUCAGCGAGGUAUGAGGGACUUAAUUGACACGGGAAAUUACGACACACGUGAUAACUUCACUGUGGUGCUUCAGCCCUUCUUCAGAGAGGUUUUUCUCCCCUUGUUGGAGAACGGCCAGCCAGAUCGCUCUUACUUCACCCCGGACUGUUUCCAUCUCAGUCAGAAAGCUCACACCCUCAUGGCUCAAGCUCUGUGGAACAACAUGCUGGAGCCAGUAGGCCAUAAAACCUUCACACAAGACUUCACAGCUGGCCUUGAUCUGAAGUGUCCCACUGAGACUGAUCCAUAUUUCAAGACUGCUGUCAACAGCAACUACACAUAUCCAGACACUUCGCCCACUGUCCCUUCUCUCACAAACUGGGGGAGUGACUUUUCCUGUGUUGAGACGGCUCCAUCCAGCUCUGUACCCACUUCAGCUGACAGAGUUCGACCUGCCGACAUCAAGGUGAUCGGCGCUCUUGGAGACUCGCUCACUGCAGCUUUUGGUGCGAGGGCAACGAAUGUACUGGAACUGAGAACUGAGUUCAGAGGCGUGUCAUGGAGCAUCGGAGGGGAUGAAACUCUGGAGACUGUCACAACAUUGCCGAAUAUACUCAAGAAAUUCAAUCCUGAUCUCAAAGGACCAUCAUUAGGAGAAGGAAAAACGCAUCUUGGUUUCAACAUGGCCAUAUCAGGAGCUAAAAUUGCAGGCAUCCCAGGCCAGGUUCGAACUCUGAUCGACACCAUGAAAAACAACUCUGCGGUGGAUUUUCACAACGACUGGAAGCUGGUGACCCUCUUCAUCGGAGGCAAUGACCUGUGUCAGUACUGCAAUGAUCGGUUGACUUUAUCAGCUAAGAACUACAGCCUUCAUAUGCAGAAAAGCCUGGAUUUGUUAUACGAAGAGGUUCCCAGAGUGAUCGUCAAUGUUGUGGAGAUCUUGGAGAUUGAAGGCCUUCGCAAGAUCAAAAGAGACAGUCUCGGGUGCAACGUCAUACAACCGUUUGUCUGUCCGUGCUUUUUGUCGCCAGGAGAUGAAUCACCAGAGCUGGCUGAAAUAAAACGGAUCAACCGGCAGCUGCAGGAUGAUACUCAGGAGCUGGUGUAUAGCGGCCGGUACGACGGCAGGGAGGACUUUGCUGUGGUCCUUCAGCCGUUUUUCAGAAACACCGUCGUCCCUGUGAAUGCUGAAGGCAGACCUGACACCGACUACUUCUCUGAGGACUGUUUCCACUUCAGCGAGCGGGGGCAAUCAGACAUGGCCUCGGCUCUGUGGAACAACAUGCUGGAGCCAGUCGGUGAAAAACAGCGAUACAAUCAUUUUAGAAAUGACAGAAGUGGCCUCAAGUGCCCUACUAAGGAGCAUCCUUAUAUCUUCACAAGAAGGAACAGCUUUACCAGCUCCACCCCGACGCCCAUGCCCCCCGACUUCACCCUCCCACCGCAGACCUCAGCCAAGCCCUGCAUCACAGAAUGCUCAGAGCCUUUGCCGAUAUGGGUCUCACCUGUCGUGGCAGUGGCCGGCCUUCUGGUCGGCUGCGGCUUGAGCGCGAUCUUCUUCGUCUGCAGAGCAAAGAAACAGAAGAAGAAGACGAAGACGAUGCCAAAUUCAGCGUUUUGA